AUAUAAUUAUUAUGAAAAAUUGGUAUUCUUUUACAGCCAAACCUCGAAGUUUUUCUAAAAUUCAAACUCCAUUUAUUCAAGAUUCCUAACCUAUUAAAUAUAACCUGUCAGUCGAUGUAUCAAUUUGAGUUGUACAUGUCAAAUGAUUCGAUAUCUUUUGAAGAUUAUCAGCAGAUUAGCGAUUUAUCAUCACGUUAUCUGUGAUAUAGAUAGAUAUUUAUAUUUAGGCUCUACACACCUUCUGCUUCAGACAUAUUUAUCAUGUCAGGAAUCAAGGGUGAUGACAGUGCAGAUGACAACUUUAAGAGACAAGGUUCAUUCAGGAAACUUGUGCCUUUAAGUAAUAAUGGGAAUUCUCCGCUAAGUAUGUCUGUAAAAAUGAUAGACAGGCCAAUUGUUCCACAGACCAACAAACAACAUGCUGUUUUCUUGCAGGAAUACAAUAUUCUUUCAGAAUAUAAAAUGUUAUGCUCUCAAGAUUUAAAGGGAAUUUAUGUAAUACCGUCUGCUUUAAAUUCUUUUUUUUGGUUCGGUGUACAGUUCAUUCGGCAAGGGAUCUACAAAGGUGGCGUGUUCAGAUUCAACAUUACAUUGCCUUCAAAUUUCCCGUUUGGAGAUUGUCCUAAAGUUGUAUUUGAAACUCAAGUCUUCCAUCCAUUAAUAAAUCCUGAAAAUGGAGAAUUGUGUACGUCGUGGGGGUUUCCUGAAUGGAGAAGAACCAACAGGAUAUGGCAAUUACUACAAUAUAUUACAAAAAUAUUUAUCAAUUUGGACGCAAAGAUGACUCCAGUGAAUCAGGAAGCAUCUGUCUUACAAGAAAAGAAUUUCGAAACUUUUCGAGAACGUGUGAAAAUGUGUGUGAGAGAAAGCGUAAAUCAAGUAUUUAACCCAUCUAGCAUGGAUGAUCCGCAUUAUAUUACAUUUAGUCCGUAUGAGAGUGAACUACACGAUCCCAUUAAGCGAGAGAUUUACGAGCCAAAAAAUGAAGAAGAGAAUAGGCCAUUAGGUUUAUCGUGGGUACAGCCUGGUUCCUUGCAACCCUUCUCAAAACCAGAGAUGAGAUAAUUAGGGGAGGUAAUGCAAAAUUUGUUACUGGCAAUAGUGAAAUAACACACGUCCUUAAGAGCUAUACAAAUAUUUAUAAAUUCAUACAUAUUAUUCGUAACAAUUGAUAUAGAAGGAAAAUGAAGUUAAUAUCACGAAACUUACUAUUAUUUUUCUACUCAUGUCUUCAAGUUUUAUAUGAAUAUGUAUUAUACUAUGUUAUAUAG